GAAAAGUUAUUUACUAUGUUAUUUAAACAUAAGGAUUAUGAUAACGUUAAAAAAUACGCACAAGAAAUUAAGGAAUUGAAUCCACCUUAUAACGACUUUUUACUGCAUAACCGAAUUAUAUAUAAUUACUUUUUAAAGAAGGAACAGUCACGAGCUCUUGAUUAUUUUGAAAGUAUCUUAACGAAUGGUUUCCCGCUUUGUUAUGGUUUUAUACGAAAAUUGUUACUAUCUUUGAUGCAAAGUGACCUUCAUGAAAGCGCAUUGGAUUUGGGAGUUCGGCUCAUAACUUUCCAAGAGGCUGUGAAUUUUGAAAUCCUUGAAAUUUUGUUUACUUGUGCUUUACACUGUAACAGUCUUGAGAGAGGGAUAAAGUUAGUGAAGUACCUAGAAAAAUUAGUUUCCGAUCGGUCGCUUACAGCAAGAAGCACAGCAGACCUUCUGCAUUUAAGCGGAGCCUACUCCUCCGCCAUCCUGCUUUUACUCGAACACCGAAAAGUGAAAGAAGCUCUUUACUACUUCGUUAAGAUGCAUGAAGCCGGAUGUCCUUCCACUUCGCUAAGCGAAAAAGUUACUUUGGAACUUCAUAGUCUUUUAGAAGGCUCUCCAGAGGCAAAUCUAGAGCCUAGCAGUGCGUCCCAUUCUUCGUAAGUCAGCA